AUGAAGGGAAGUGUCGAUGGAGUACAGGAAAAUAUCAAUGGGCCGAAACAACCGGAUGCCAAACUUGCAUCAAAAACAUUGCAUGUACUCUUUUUGUCCUUAUUAAUCGAUUUAAUCGCCUUUUCCUCCAUUUUGCCUCUAAUGCCAGUCAUUCUGGAACAUUAUCGGGACACUGAUUCGGAUGGGCUUUAUCAUACAAUUCAACGUCAUAUCCAAUAUUUUGCGACAUCGAUCCAUGCACCAGGAACAACGCGCUAUAAUACAGUUUUCUUUGGAGGCGCUCUUGGCUCAAUGUAUUGCUUUCUACAAUUUUUGAUGGGGCCUUUCUUUGGUGCAUGUUCGGAUAGUUAUGGCAGGCGUCCCUUAAUUCUCAUAUCAAUGAUUGGAAUAUCAAUGUCUUAUGCCGUUUGGGCCUUUUCGGGUAGUUUUGUCUUGUUUGUGCUGUCGCGUGCCAUUGGUGGUAUAAGCCGAGCUAAUGUCAGUUUAUGGACUGCAGUUGUCUCCGAUGUUACCGAAGAAAAGAAAAGGAAUAAAGGAAUGGCUUUAAUUGGUAUUGCUUUCUCUGUUGGAUUCGUCCUUGGACCAAUGUUGGGUGCGUUCAUGUCCAAGAGAGAUUUCUUUGAAAGCGGUUUUGUUCAUUUCCAACCUGCUAUAACAGCUUUAACGAUAUCUUUGGUCAAUUUACUGUUUGUAUAUUAUACGUUACCUGAAACUCACCAGCCCGGAAAAAGCGUGAGCACAAGUAAAGAGAUAGUCAAUAAAGCCUUACGUCUUAUAAAUCCUUUACAUUUAUUCUCCUUCCGAACGACUGGUGUUUCUGACAAAGAAUACGACGAGAAGCUUCAAAAAUUGAGCUUGGUCUAUUUUUUGUAUUUGCUACUGUUCUCUGGUGUGGAAUUUACCUUGAGUUUCCUUACUCGUGAAAGAUAUCAGUAUACUAGUAUGCAACAAGGCUUAAUGUACUUCUAUAUUGGUUCGAUCAUGAUAGUGAUACAAGGUGGAUAUUUUCGAAGACUGCCUGCAGGAAGCGAAAUCAAAUGCGCUCUGCAAGGCCUGACUGCAGUUGCCAUUUCUACCUUGAUGAUGGCUAUGUUUACUGACCAACACACUUAUUAUGCAGCUCUGGGACUUUAUUCAUUUGGUUCUGCAACGGUUGUCCCUUCGUUAACUUCUGUGGUCUCCCAUUAUGGAAGUGCCGAACAUAAAGGAAAAUUGAUCGGCAUAUUUCGCUCUAUUGGAGCAUUAGCACGUAGUUUUGGACCUUUUCUGGCAUGUUCAGCUUUCUGGACCCAUGGCACCUUGUGUUAUUACAUGUCUGCAGUACUACUAAUAAUUCCACUAGUUAUCUUAAUGAGAGUUAGACAUACCGGUACUGGUCUUAAAAAUGUCAAGAAGGAAUAA